AUGAAGUGUCUCCUGUGCCUGUGUUUACUCCUUGCUGUUCUUUGUGCUGUAACCCAUUGCUGCCCUGAAGACAUUUGCCAUGAAGUCAACAAUACUAAUCUGCAGGAUGGAAGAGAAAAUUUAUUAACAUAUAGCUGUGACAAGAAAGGCUCUAACUAUGCAGAUUUUGUAUUUAGGUUUUACAAGCAGACUUCAUCAAAAGAAGCUGAUAAAAAUGUGUUCUUUUCUCCUGUGAGCAUCGCCACUGCCUUUGCCAUGCUGGCUGUUGGUGCUAAAUCAACCACUCUGUCUCAGAUUUUUGAAGGACUGGGCUUUGAUGACCUAACUGAGACUCGCAUACACGAUGUACAUGAAAGUUUUCACAAAGUUUUGUCAGUACUGAACUGUGCUGAUGUUAAUAUCACAUUAAAUAUAGGGAAUGCCCUUUUUACAGCUGCUGGGUAUGAACCACAGGAGUCAUUUUUACAAAAUACCAAAGAAUUUUAUGAUGCAGAUUUUUUCUCCAGUGAUUUUCAUAAACCAGAUGAAGCUACAAAGCAAAUCAAUAAAUAUGUAGAGGAGAAAACCAAGGGGAAAAUUCCUGAAUUAGUUGGUCAUCUUGAUCCAAGUACUGUACUGGUUCUUGUUAACUAUAUUUACUUUAAAGCUACCUGGGAAAAGUCUUUCGAUCCUUUGCGUACACAUGAGGAUGAUUUUUUUGUGAACCCAAAUGCAUCUGUUAGAGUCAACAUGAUGCAGCGUGAUGGUAUCUCAAACGUUUACUAUGACCACGAUCUCUCCUGUGUGGUGGUAGAGCUGCCUUACCAGGGCACUGCACGAGCAUUGCUUAUUCUGCCUGAUGAUGGAAAGAUGAAGCAAGUGGAAGAUGCUCUUUCCAAGGAAACGGUUUGUAAAUGGGAUAGCAAACUUGUGACCAGGAGAUUAAAUCUGCAGUUACCAAAGUUUUCUAUUAGUGGGUCUUACGAUGUUAAAACCCUGUUUGAGCAAAUGGGCAUUACUGAAGUUUUCUCAGGUAAUGCUGAUCUGUCUGGAAUUAGUGGCAACCACAAUCUCCAGGUUUCACAAGCAGUUCACAAGGCCUUGCUGGAAGUUGAUGAGGCUGGAACUGAAGCUGCAGGAGCCACUGCCAUAAUCUUUACCAGAGUUUCCUAUACUUUUCAUACCAUCAAAUUCAACAGGCCCUUCCUUAUUUUGAUAUCUGACAAACAAACUGGCACCACACUUUUCAUGGGGAAAAUUGUUGAUCCUACUAAGGAGUAA